AUGAAGAGGUACAUCCAUAAGGCGAUCGAUUUCGGCGUGGAGUCCGGCUAUCUUAUUCCAAAGGAUGCGGCGUACAAGGUUCUCCGGGUAUCGUCGGAUCUCAUGAACGACGGAAAUUACUCGAGCAAACUUCGAAAGUCGGAUAGCAUGGUUUCACAGGCCGGGGAGAAGAGUUCUCGGUACUUGCCGAUUAGGUUCGAGGAUUACGAGGCGCAGGACGCCAGCAGGCGGCGCAGGAGAGGCAGGAAAAGGUCCAGGCGAAGGAGGUCGAGGAGCAGGUCCAGGAGACGACGAAGGCGAUCGCGCAGACGCGGAAGAAGGCGUGGCGGGUCCCCUGGCGGAGAAGAGGUAGUCGACAUCGAGAACGACGACGAGUACAACUCCGAUGCUCAGGGUGAGAAAAGAAAAAGCCCGGACAAGUCGGCGAGGAACGGUGAGAAGGAACAACUGAACCAGUCCGAUGGAGAAAAGACGACGGACAAGAAAGAGGACGAUGGGUCCGAUAUGUCCAUGGACGAGGACGAGAGCGACGUCGAGGAGGAGAAGAAGAGAGAAGACGCAACGAAAUCAUAG